AUGACUACGCAACUGUAUAGAAAAGUUCAAGGGGUUUUUGAUGAUCCUUUGGAACUUGUUAAUCACAUAAAAGACGAUCUGCGACGACGUGAUGCGAUACUUCUCAGUGGAAAGAAACAAGAAGCAGAAUAUACGGGAACACAUCUCACUGUGACACUCAUAUGGUUUCAAUUAUUGACAGAAAUAUUUUGUCGUAUGAAGAAAGCUGCUCCUACUGGUACGACAGCAACGGAAAAACUAAAAAAUAAAGCAAAGGAAAAACUAAAAAAUAAACUUCGAUGUCUCAAAUCACCAUUCUUUUGCAAGCUGUCGUCGUCAGACUCGGAUGAUGAGAACGAAAAACGAGAUCUUGUAGAAUAUUGUCGAAAAUAUUAUGACGAAAUAAAUGAUCAGAAAGAGUUGGAAAACAUUAAAGAAUUUGAAUCGACAUAUCAAUCGAGCAACGCCAUUCCGUGGUACAUAAAAGAGUGCUUCGUAUACAACAUGCUCAAUAAAUCUUUACGCUCGAAAGACAUUGAUACACUUUUGAAGUUUCGAUUUUUUAUUCUUGACCUUCAAGAGCAAUUGGAACAACUUCAUUCUAGAUUCAUAGAGAGAAUAUCAUCGAAUGAAAGAUCUGUUGUUGUCUACCGUGGAUGCCAGCUGAAUGAUGAUGCAAUUCAACAUUUUAAAAAUAAUAUCGGUGGCAUAAUAUCCAUGAAUGGAAUUUCGUCAUGCAGCGCAAGCAAAGAAGUUGCUCUAGACUUUUUAAGAUCCGUAUCCAAGCAUACUGACUGUUUCCCAGUACUCAUGCAAUUUACUAUCUCACUUAAACAUACCGUUUUUGGAAGUAUUUCACAAGAUAGUGGCUUUCCAAAGGAAGAAGAAAUCCUGUUCGCCGUCGGUUCCCCGUUUCGUGUUGAUUCGGUAGAGCAACUUAACGACGGUGUUUGGCACAUUAGAUUUUUGCUGACGGACGAAGAGGGACAAGUAUUGGAAGAAUUAACGGACUAUUAUUUAGACAAUGAAGUCGACGAAACAGUGACAUUAGUCACCAUCGCCACAUUUCUACGUGACAUGGGUGAGUAUGAGAAAGCAAUAGAUUAUUAUCAACUGUCACUUGAUGAACAAGAGGUUGAAAAUAAACCACUGGUGUACAAUAAUAUUGGUCUUUGUUAUUUAUAUCAAGAUGAUUAUCCGUUGGCUCUAAAAUAUUGUGAACAAGCACUCGAAGCGGCCAAAAGACGUCCACUGUUCACAAAUGCCACAUUUGUUCUGAUUUGCAACAGUCUUGGAUCGGUAUACCUAAAAAGUGGCGAUCAUGCUACGGCGCUGACUCAUUUUGAUAAAGCCGUCCAGAUUGGUUUACAGUGUCUGGAACCCACUCAUUCUCACAUAUGUACAGCCUAUGAUAAUAUUGGCGAUGUGCAUUUCUACGGUGAUGAGCAUGAUUACAAACGAGCGUUGGAGUAUUAUGAAAAAGUGAAACAAAUUCGACAACCGCCUUUCAUUCCAAGUAAUCAUCCAUUACGAGGAAAAUCUUAUCAAAAUGUAGGAAUGGUCUAUUCAAAAUUGAAUGAUCAGACAGCAGCAUUGCAUAAUUAUCACACUGCUUUGGACAUCUACUUGAAUUCAUUACCCAUAACACAUCGUCGAGUUGUCGAACUCAAACAAACAAUUCAAGAGGUCCUUCAAGAACAAAAAAACUAA